AUGGCUGGUGAUCAUCAUACAGUCAUUGACAUGCCAAAAGCUGCAGCCUUCACCGGUGGGCUAGGAUUCUCAGACUUGACGUACGCAGUUGCGAAGAAGCAGAAAAUCGACGGGAAGUGGGUUACAGAGGAAGUCGACUUACUGCAUAGAAUCACCGGUUACGCACCAAAAGGAUGUGUAACUGCAGUUAUGGGCCCGAGCGGUGCUGGGAAGUCAACUUUUCUCGACGCGCUCGAUUGCCACGGGAGCCUGAAAGGCAGGGUUUCCCUUGAUGGAGCUGAGAUGACUCCCAGUCUUAUAAAGAGAUCAUCGGCAUAUAUUAUGCAGGAUGAUCGAUUAUUUCCUAUGCUUACUGUGUAUGAAACUCUCAUGUUCGCUGCUGAUUUCCGUUUGGGCUCAAUUUCUCGUUCUGAUAAGAGGCAGAGAGUCGAGAGACUCAUCGAACAGUUAGGACUAUCGUCGUCAAGAAACACGUAUAUUGGAGACGAAGGAACACGAGGAGUAUCUGGAAGGAGAGCGUCGGUCGAUCUCAAAUUUGGCGGAAUAAUCCACGCCCUGGCAUUGCUCUUCCUCGACGAGCCAACAUCAGGACUCGACUCCACGAGCGCUCACAGUGUGAUCGAGAGGGUUCACGAUAUUGCUCGAUCAGGGAGCACCGUCAUCCUCACAAUCCAUCAACCUUCCUAUCGAAUCCAAAUGUUGCUUGAUCACAUGGUCAUCCUCGCCCGAGGUCAGCUCAUGUUCAUCGGUUCGCCGAGAGAUGUAGGUGGUCAUUUGGGCCGCAUGGGCCGAAAAGUCCCAAAAGGCGAGAACUCGAUAGAACAUUUGCUGGAUGUGAUCCAAGAGUAUGAUCAGUCUGAGCAAGGAGUGAGCCCACUUGCCGAUUUUUGUCUCACCGGUUUGAAGCCGCCUCGCGUGAACAACGAGGAUCGGGAGGAUCGGUCGGUUUCUACAGUUCAGCCAACACCGCAGCUGCCACACCCUCGUCCAGGGAGAGAUAUCGACGAGUUUGAUCACAGUGUUAGGAGUCCGUGGAAUUCGUCGAGAUCAUUAUGGAGUGGUAGCCAGAGCGGGGUGAUGGAUGCACUGAGGAUGACUCCUAACCGUCAUCGGAGUGAUCAAGGCAAGCGAAAUAAUGUACCGAGAUACGCAAACGAAAUCCUCUCAAGCACGCCGACCCCUCACAGCAGCGACUACACCGUCAGCGAGCAUGACUACCUAACCCCAAACACACUGAAUGGAACGGGUACAAACAACCGUAACAAUCUAACCCACGGCCCCAAAUUCGCAAACUCAUACCUAACCGAGAUAUGGAUCCUAAUGCGCCGAAACUUCACCAACAUCCGUCGAACCCCCGAGCUCUUCCUCUCCCGCCAAAUGGUACUAACUGUCAUGGGCGUUAUGAUGGCCACCAUGUUUCUAAACCCAAAAGACGAUCCCCAAGGCAUUACCGAUCGCCUCAGCUUCAUAAUCUUCACCUGUUGUCUCUUCUUCUUCUCAUCCAACGACGCCGUCCCUGCUUUCAUACAAGAACGCUUCAUUUUCAUACGUGAAACCUCACAUAAUGCAUACAGGGCGUCAUCGUACACGGUCUCAGGACUAAUUACUUACCUGCCGUUCUUACUCGUUCAGGCCGCGACAUAUGCAGUUAUAGUAUGGUUCGCCCUGAAAUUACACGGACAGUUCUACUAUUUUCUCAUAGUUCUCUAUGUUUCGCUUCUGUCAACAAAUUCCUUCGUGGUUUUCGUUAGUUCAGUAGUGCCAAACUUUAUACUGGGUUAUGCAGCAGUUAUUGCCUUCACUGCACUGUUCUUUUUGUUUUGUGGGUAUUUUAUCAGUGGUGAUAGUAUUCCUCAAGGAUGGAAGUGGAUGAACUAUAUAUCGACGAUGAAGUAUCCUUAUGAGGGGUUGUUGAUGAAUGAGCUCGUGAGGGAUCGGGUUUUUGCUGUGAGUCCUUUGGGACCGGUGACUGGGGAGGAUAUACUGAAGCAGUUGUCAAUAAGUACGAAGGAGAACGAGAAGUGGAUGAUGGUGCUGUAUUUGUCGGGGUGGGCGGUUUUUUAUCGGGCCUUAUUUUAUUUGGUGCUCAGAUUUGCUUCUAAGAAUCAGAGAACAUGA